AGGUGGGCGGCGUGUGGCAGCCCUGCGCGGCCACCACAACACACCCGUCGCCCCGGCCAGCAGCACACACCUCCACCACACAACUAUUACCUCUAUCUUAGAUUUUUUUUUAUAUGCUAUAUCAAGAUGGCGGAUGGAAUGUUAUCUUUAUCAUGGAACAAUCACAGAGCAACAUUUUGUCACAUCCUUUCAACACUCAGGGAAAAAGAAAGAUACACUGAUGUGACUGUAGCUUGUGAGGGGAAAUUUUAUCAAGUACACAAGUUGGUUUUAUCAACAUGUAGUGAAUACUUUGAAAAAAUCUUUGAAAACACCCCGUGUAAACACCCAGUUAUUGUGUUGAAAGAUGUACAAACUGAUGAACUAGAGGCUCUCUUAAGCUACAUGUAUGAAGGUGCUGUAAGUGUUGCACAAAAUGAUCUAGCACGGUUAAUUAAAGCAGCAGAAGUGUUGAGAGUUAAAGGGCUCGCUGUUCCCGAUGAGCCUCCCAUAUCAGAAUCGAGCAACAAAAGAUUGACCCAGUCCCGUAAUGCCACCGAUGACAGAAGUAGUCCACAUCCUAAACGGAGAAGACGUGAAGAAAGUAAUGCAUAUAUGCAAGGAGCACAAACUUCAACUACGCCUCCAGCCUCUCCAAGAGCAUCCCCAUUCCAUAAUGAAAGUGAAACCCAGCACUCGACAUCAAGAACACAAUCAGACAGUCAAUGGAUGGAGCAAAGAUCAUCAGAAAGAGAGGAACAAAGUACAGACCACCCACUAGAUGACAGACUGGGUGAUCAUACAGCUACCAGCCGUUCUUCACCAACUCCUCCACAGGUCGAGGUCAUGGUAGAUGAAUCUCUAGUCAAAGAGGAAAUGGUCGAUCAUGUGGACAACAGUCAAGAUGAUGUUGUGGACUCAGGGAUGGACUACGGGUCUAUGGGAAGUGACUCUAGAUUAGAUGGGUCAGGGGGUGGUGAAGAAGAUCCUUCAAGUCAAAUGUUGCCUAACAAAUUUGAACAUAAAGUCAAUCCUUCACAAGGACAAGCACAGCCACUACCGGAGGCAGUUGUAGAGGCGUUAGCAGGACCCUCUGGAAUGCAGGGGUGGUUAAGUGAGAUGCCUGCUGGGUUCUCAGGAUUAGAGGGAUAUGGGGGGGACGGGAGUCAAGACGUCCACCCAUCCUCUCAAGGAGCACCCGUAACGCAGUCUCAAGCACACCAGCUGGUGGGGCUUGACGUUCAUGGUGUGAGGACGGCUGGAGGGCAGGCACCAAGAAUCUGGACAGGGACGGGCAGCAACCCAAGAAGGAAGUUGCACAAGUGUUCCUUCUGCAGUUAUGCCACAAUGUACACAACUUGUCUUCAGAGGCAUAUACUUACACACACGGGAGACAAACCGUAUUCUUGUCCCCAUUGUCAAUACAGCACAAUCACUCAGUACCAUCUGAAGCGUCACAUUCGCAUUCAUGCUGGGUCUAACACUCAUUCUGCACUCAGAUAAUGGACUUUUUUUAAGUUUGGUUAUUAUUAUAACACUGUAUUUUCAUUGUAUUCCAGCUAGUGUUUUGGCUCUAGUUAUAUAUACAGGUAGCAUUCUCUUGUAUUUUUUGAGCUCCACUUGCAGAGUUUACACACACAUAUUGACAUAGAAAAGCCAUUUUCAAAUAAAAUUUUUUUUAGUCUUUGUGUGCUUAAAAAAACAUUUUUAUUGUUUGAACAAUAAGUAUACUUUUAAGUAAACCAUUAAAGCUAAUUAAUAAGUCGUGACAUUUUGGUUUUGAAUUAACUUGUUAAAAUGAUUGUGUUAGUUUGAAGCUAAUGGAAAGUUACCCACUGUUAGAGAUUAAUAACCAACUGCACAUCAUAAAGGUUUGGUAAAUGUUAGAGAUGCACAAGUGUUUAGCCAAAGCAAAAAAAUACGGUUAAUAACUAAUUAUGUUACAAUGUUGAAAGCUUUGUAUGUUUAAAAUUCUUACUUUUUGCACAGCAAACAUUAUAAUUGUUUCUUUGUUACACUUCAGAGAGUAUAUACUAAUUUAGAUUAGGUGAAGCUAGCAUUUUCUGUUGUCAUGGGUUUAAUUACUUUUAACUAUCUCCACUCAGCCUAUCCUCUUCAGUUGUUACAACAAACAGAAAACGGUGUACUAAAACACUCAAAUCUAACCUAUUGUCCCUCGCAUAAAAAAACUUGAAUGUUUGUAAGCAAUAAUUUAGAGUACCCCAUUAUUUGUCCAUUGGUGACUUUGAUAUGAAAAUGCAGGAUGGGUUGCAUCAUUACAUGCAACCAACCAUCAUCACUACACACAUACAAUCUUCAACACUGUAACAGAAGCAUCCCAAUUUUCACUACAAACUGCUUUCAUCAUCAACAAACAAAAUUCAUAAAGACUUGACAUAAGACCAAACUUUGCAGGAUGACUGGUCUUUGAUCACCGCAGGAUGACUGGUCUUUGAUCAGCCAGGCUGUGACUCUCACUAAAGGCUGCAAGCAGCCACAUCAAGCAGCCUGGUUGACCAGAUCAACCAACCAGAAGGUCUGCUCAGAGACAUUGCCGUGGAGAUGUUGAUCCUUGGAAUCGUUGAUAGAUAUACAAUGAGUAUUUAUCUGGGGAUGGCCUUUCUUGGGUCGGGGUUGAACCGCAUGCCACUUAAUCCCUCCCCCCCCCCCACUCCUCCUCCUUGGCAUAAAAUUGCAAAUUACUCUUAAUUUCUAAUGUUGCUAAAUAAAAAAGAAACUCCAUCCGCACUAAUAUUCAUCUUGCAUAUUAAAUAAAGUUUUAGUUUCUCGUAUGCAGUUUAUUGAUGUACAGAACGUAUUUCGUGAAGAUGCUUACAGGGGAUUAAGGGAAGCUGGUGAAAGAUAGAGAAGGUGGUGAAAGGUAGGGAAGAUGGUGAAGGGUCGGGAAGUUGGUGAAAGGUCAGAAAGUUGGUAAAUGGUCUCGAAGUUGGUGAAGGGUCAGGAAAGUGGUGAAGGGUUGGGAAGGUGGUGAUGAGCGAGUAGAAUAGUGAAGAACAGGAAAUCUGGUGAAGGAAAUGGAAGGUGAUACUGUAGAUACCUUAAGGACAGAAAGAAAGCAAAGACUCUCAACCAGAGAUGAUGAUUUCAGUUGGAGGAAGGUAACAAGUGGAACUCCACAAGGGUUGGUCAUGGACCUCUACUGUUCCAAAUUUAUGUGAGACCUAUUUCAGAGAAUGAGCUCAUACAUGGUAAUGUCUGCAGAUGAUGUGACUGGUAAUGGGGGACUGUAGAAACUGAGGAGGACUGCAGAAAGUUUCAGGUUACAGGAUGACCAUGAUACACUCCAGUAUUGGGUAAACAAAUGGUUGCUAGAAUUCAAUUGAAACAAGUGUUAAGUAAUGAAGAGAAAUGAGAAAAAUAAGGGAAAAAGGAGACCAGAAGGUAUCUACAUUGUAAGGGGAAGACAAUUAUAAGAGAGAUUAAAGGAUUUAGGAAUACUGUACAAUUCCAACUCUAUCUCCUGAAAUGCAUAUAAACAGGGUAACCAUCAACAUAUGUGACACUGGCAAACAUUAAAACUUCAUUUAACCCAUAGUAAGUGGUUCUCGUCAAUUGUUGCUUCACAGAGUAAUGCAGUUAUAUGAAGAUUUAAAAAAAAAAAUUGUCUGGGUUUUACAUGUAUGAUGCAUAUAUGGAUAUAAUAGUCUAUGUGGAUGCAAUGGAGUUUAUCUUGACCCAUGAAAAGAUCCUGCGACCAUUUCAUGGUAUAACUGCGGUUAUCAUCACGAAUGUUAAUAGGGGAAUGCGGUCAUCAUAAUAUGAUUAUUUAAAUAAUUAUUGUCUGGGUUUUACAUGUAUCAUGCAUAUAUGGGUAUAAAAGCACGGUGUAUGUAAAUAAAAACAAACAAAGAAGUGAUAGAACACUCAGUGAAACAGAAUAAAUCAGUAGCAUCAGUAAGGUCGAGCACCAGGUGUUGACAAGUGCUAGACACAGCCUUGCAGAGUAGCUCUACCCAGUGAAAUGAUAAAUAGGAGUGAACCUAACUCUCACAAGUCAAACCUGGCCUCAGGCUGUGCUUGGGAAGUAGAACUCCCAAAACCUCAUCAAGCAUAUAUCAUAAUAGUUCAAUUAUAGUGCAUUAGGUACAAUGGGUAGGUGGGAUGUAAAGAGCUAGGCCUCACCUGGUGUGGUGAUUGAUAGGUAUGUACCCCCACCUGCCAUAUAAACCCUUCAACUUGAAGGCCCACACUCAAACCUCAACCUAUACUUUUGUCCACCUACCAUAUACCAAUACCUACGCACCAUAUGCCAAUACCCACCCAUCAGAUACUUAUUUCCUCAACUACCAGCUACUGUGCAACCACCCAUACACUACUUACUCAAUCCUUACCACUACUGUUAUUGGAAUCCAUAAACUCCCCUUUCUCAUAACUCGACCUCACCCAUACCCCUGCCAACCAUACGCCCAUCUAAUUGACAUCUUCCUCAACACACACUGCAUGACUAUAUGUUUAAUUAUACGUUAAAUGGCUUGACAUGAAUAAUUGUACCUGGAUUGUAUCUGGAUGGGGUUCUGGGAGUUGUUCUACUCCCCAAGCUCAGCCCAGCUCAGUUGUUAUAUGAUAUUGUUUACAUUGUAAACAAUUGCAUCGCUGUUUACAUUGUAAGAUAUGCAUCGCAGAGAGACUUGGGUUGCCUGAUUUAAAUAGCUGUGAUUGAAACACAAAUCUACUUUUACCCCUAUACUCGAUACUUUAUCCUGUGCUUAUAAGAUAUGCUUAGCCCAAUGAGACCCUUCUCAGUCAUCCACUUGCGAUGGAAAUAUGCGUAGCUUAAAGUUAACUGUACAGA